CUUCAAGGUGAAUGUAUAUCAAGUGUACCCAUUGCAGACUGUCUGUCACCAUUACCUACUGUGCCAACCAGACUGUUUACCUCUGCUUUUGGUCCUUAACUGUGUAGUUUUUGUCCUAAAAGCAUUGUAUGUCUCUACUUUUUGCUUGAGCUGGACUGCAACUGAAACACUAUUCCUCUGGUAUUUCUGGACUGGAUUGAUUGUGUUGCUUUCCUGACCACCCAUCUUUUUCUAAAAUUUGUUGUCAAAAAUUGCCCAUGCCCUAUUGGAUAGCAAGUUUUCACACCCCCGUUUUCACUACUUGUAUUGAAUCCUGCUAAAUCUUGCAGUCUUAAGUUUUUCUUUUUGCAUACUGCUACCCAUGACCUGAAUCCUGCCAAGUCCCAUUUUGUCUUCGCACCAAUGUUUUUACUGGCUGACAUGAGCUCCUGAUUAAACAUCAAUUUUUGUUGUUUUCAUGAAUCACCUUGAGGCAUGUUAAAUGCACAGUGACCGUGAGGGUGGGAACGUGAGUGCACACACCAGCCAGCUGGUGGGAAGUGCGCUCUCUGACCCUUACCUGUGCUUCGGGGCUGCCAUGAAUGGACUGGCUGGUCCUCUUCAUGGACUCACUGAUCAGGAGGUGCUGAUCUGGCUGACCAAUCUGCAGAGUGAGCUGGGCGGUGAGGUGUCUGACAAGAAGCUAAGGGACUUCAUCUGGAACACCCUCAACUCCGGCAGGGAGGUCCCAGGAUACGGCCAUGCCGUGCUGAAGAAGACAGAUUCCCACUACACCGGUCAGAAGAAGUUCACCCUCAGGCACCUCCGCAUCAACCCCAUGUUCAAGCUGAUGGUUCAGCUCUACAAGAUAGUGCCGGGGGUCCUCCUGGACCAGGGCAAGGCCAAGCCCAACAUGGAUGCCCACAGUGGUGUCCUGCUUCAAUAUUAUGGAAUGAAGGAGAUGAAUUACUACACCGUGCUCUUUGGGGUCUCCCAGGCCCUCAGGGUUCUCUCCCAGCUGAUCUGGAGCCGUGCCUUGGGCUUCCUGCUGGAAUGCCCCAAGUUCAUGAGCACAAACUGCCUAAUCCAGUUCAUACAGAGCAAGUCAGGGUAA